UGCUCCUUAAAGUUGUAUAGAAACCGCCGUAACACAACAAAAGGAAGAAGAAAAAUGGCGGAUGAAGUUGAUCAGCAGCAGACCACAAACACUGUAGAGGAGCCUCUGGAUCUCAUCCGGCUGAGUCUGGAUGAGAGAAUUUAUGUCAAGAUGAGAAAUGACCGGGAACUUCGAGGAAGACUACACGCUUAUGACCAGCAUCUAAAUAUGAUCCUGGGAGACGUGGAGGAAACGGUCACCACUGUGGAGAUCGAUGAAGAGACCUAUGAAGAGAUUUAUAAGUCCACAAAGAGAAACAUACCGAUGCUAUUUGUUCGAGGAGAUGGUGUUGUUCUGGUGGCCCCACCCCUAAGAGUUGGAUAGACUCUUAUGCUGUUGAGGACGCUGGGUUUGACCUUUGGCCUUUUGAAUCAAGAGGCUUUUUGAUUUCAACUCAAGGAGAGGACAACCUAUGUUCAGUAUUUUUUUUAUUGGAUGUUUUUAUUGGAUUGUUUGACUAAAAACAGAUUAAGACAUGAACAGAGAUAGUCGCGGGGGAAAAACACUUAUUGUUUCAAUUUAUUUUAUUUUAUUUGUUGUAAAGAUUUGUUUUAGUUUUUGACUUUUGUAAUUCUAGGAAUUGUGGAAAUAACCCCCAAUCACAAUAAAGAAAAAGUGGAACCAGAAAAAA